CGCGAACGCCGCCAACCCCGGGAGGACGAGGAAGGUCGACCGCGACCGAUUCGAUCAGCUCGAGUGCGCCGAGAAGACACUCACGGGACCGCGACCACGGGCGACGUCACCUUCGCGAUUCCCGACCCCCGACACCAUCGUCUGAACAGGAUUCUCGACAUGCAGACUCCCACCAAAUGGAAGCACAACUUCAGCGCCGGUCCCUCCGCGGUCGACGCGGGCGUCCUCGCGAAACUCAGCGCCGAACUCGCGUCCUUCGAGGACACCGGCAUGGGUCUCAUCGAGCACUCCCACCGCGACGCGGGAGGCCCCGUCCAGCGAUGCAUGGCGGCAACCUGCGACCUCGUACGAGAGGUCCUCGACGUUCCCGAUUCGCACGACGUGCUCCUCAUGCACGGCGGCGCUCACGCGAUGUUCGCCGGGGUGGCCAUGAACCUCGGACGCACGAUGGGCUCCAAAGCUGACUUCGUCGGCGACGGCUUCUGGAGCAAGCGCGCCGCGGGCGAGGCGAGCAAGUACUGCGUCGUCAGGCACGUGGGAGCGACGAGCCGUACGCUCGGCGGCGUCGCGAUCCCGAGCCCGUCCACCUGGAACGUCGACCCGACCGCCGCGUUCGUGCACGUCACCGCGAACGAGACCAUCGACGGCCUGGAGUUCCACGUCGAUCCGACGAUGCCGCCGGACGCCCCGCCCCUCGUCGGCGAUUUCACCUCCACGCUGCUCUCCAGGCCCGUGGACUUUUCCAAGUACAGCGUCGUCUACGCGAGCACGGGGAAGAACCUGGGUCCGAGCGGCCUGGUCGUCGUCAUCGCGCGCAAGGAUCUGCUCACGGGCGAACGCGAGAUGGCCAUCACACCCGGGGUCAUGUCCUGGUCCGCCGCGGCGAAGAGCGCUCCGAUCCAGAACAUCUGGAACACGCCCAACGUGUUCGGGAUCCGCGCGUUACAGCUCGUCCUCGAGGACUGCAAGGCGAAGGGCGGCGUCGCGGCUAUGCGCGCGCGAGCGACCCGCCGGGCGUGGAGCGUCUACGACGUCAUCGACGCCAGCGAGGGUUUCUACGUCAACGAGGUGGAGCCCGAGUUCCGCUCGACGAUGACCAUCCCCGUCAAGUGCAAGACGCCGGAGAUCGAGGAGAGGUUCGUGGAAGAGUCCGAGAAGGCUGGCUUCUACAACCUGAGGGGCCACCCGCUCUUCGGGGGGCUCAGGAUCACCGUGUACAACCAGGUUCCGGACGAUGCCGUCGAGGCGUUGGUCGGUUUCAUGCAGCAGUUCCAGAUGAAGGUCACGGCCGAGGAGGGCACGAUGUUCGGCGCGAACGGCAAGACGACCUACGCCAACUCGCCCCCGUCUGUGCUCAACUCGUUCGCAUUCAUGGAUUAGUGGCUGCCAAACCUGCAGCAAGCAAGUCAACAUUGUAAAAAAAGCCAAGUCACAGCGCCGUCUCGCGGGCUCGAAUUUCG